AUGACAACUACUCCUGGCCUCCAUACCCUUCACGGAGUUGAAGAUGAAAAGGAAGCAAUUUUGGAAGUGCUUCCUACUCAUUGUCAAUUGGAUGUACACGAUCAUCCAGGCACUGACCGUAUCGUUCAAAGCCUAGAGCAUUGUAGCAUCGCCCACUUUGCUUGCCACGGACUGACAAACUAUACCGAUCCAUCCAAGAGUGGGCUGGUAUUCCGGAAGCAGGAUGGUGCCGGAAGUCUUAUCCAAGACACGAUGACGGUGCAGAAUGUCUCCGAACUGAAGUUAGAGCACGCGAGGCUCGCAUAUCUUUCAGCUUGUUCAACAGCAGAGAACAGAGCGGUGAGACUAAAAGAUGAGGUCAUUCAUGUCGUUAGCAGAUUCCAGGUUGCUGGAUUUGCGCAUGUCGUCGGCUGUCAGUGGCCAUCCGCAGAUGCAAUUUGUGUAGAGGUCGCCAAGGCAUUUUAUGGCACACUCUUCGGAGGGGACGGGAAAAUGGAGGACAAUGACAUUGCCUCAGCGCUACAAAAGGCAGUGAGCACAAUCAGGGAGAAGGAGUGGGACCAGCCAUUGAAAUGGGCGCAGUUUGUCCACUACGGGGCAUGA